AUGGAUGGAAGAAAUGAUGUUGCGAUUGUUGCUGUCUUAAAAGCGAUGGCUCAAGCUAUGCAGAAUCAGCCUAACGCUGGUGCGAAUGAUGAAUCCUACAGCUUGGCAACUUUUCAGAGGGAGAGUCCUCCUACGUUCAAGGGCAAGUAUGAUCCCGAUGGGGCACUAGCAUGGCUCAAGGAGAUAGAAAGGAUUUUUCGAUUGAUGGACUGCUCUGUAGCGCAGAAGGUACAAUAUGGCACCUAUAUGCUGGCGGGAGAAGUUGAUGACUGGUGGGAAAUUCUGAGGAGGCACUAUCCUGAGGAUGUUUAUGGGAAGAAGGAAAUUGAAUUCCUCGAACUAAAGCAUGGAAAUUUCUCGGUUACGGAAUAUGCUGCUUGGUCCGUGGAACUGGAAAAGUUCUACCCUCAUUAUAACGAGAAUAGUUGCAGAAUUUAUGAGGAGGACAGUAAUGCUCACUAUAAGAUCGUAAAUGAGAAGAGGGGUAAGCAUCAACAAAACCGUGGGAAGCCUUAUGACACUCCAGCUGGUCAUAAAAGUAAUGCAUGUAUUGGAGAUGUAAAGAGGUGUUUCCCUUGUGGUAAAGUCAAGCAUGAAAUACCUGAUUGUAAGCACAAAGAGGUAAUUUGCUUCAACUGUGGUGAAGAAGGACAUAUUAGUAGUCAGUGCCAGAAUUUAAAGAAGGCACAAUCUGGUGGGAAGUUGGGUCUUAUGUUGCCUUCCAUGAAUAGAGAGAUGGUCGUCGAUAUUCCAGCUAAGGGGUCAGUGACUACUUCUCUAUUGUGUCUGAAGUGUCCUUUGUCUAUAUUUGACAGAGACUUUGUUUUUGGUUUGGUUUGUUUAUCGUUGAGUGGAUUGGUUGUGAUCUUGGGUAUGAACUGGUUGGAAUAUAACUAUGUUCAUAUUAAUUGUUAUAACAAAUAUGUGGUGUUUUCUACUCCUGACGAGGAGGAGGAAACUGGUUUAUUAUCUGCUAGACAAUUGCGGGAAUUGGUGCAAAAUGAAGUGCAAGUAUUUUUGUUGAUGGCUUCGUUAUCUGUUGUGAAUCAGGCUAUAGUUGAUGAAUUACAGGUGGUACGUGAAUUUCCUGAAGUUUAUCCCGAAGAGGUUCCCAAUGUACCACCAGAAAGAGAAGUUAAAUUUGAUAUUGAUAUUGUCCAUGGUACCAUACCUGUUUCCAUGGCACCAUACAGGAUGUCUGCAUCUGAGUUUUCUUGGGGAGCUCCGGUGUUGCUAGUGAAAAAGAAAGAUGGAAGUAUGAGACUAUGUGUUGAUUAUAGGCAGUUAAAUAAAGUAACAAUAAUGAAUAAGUACCCACUUCCAAGAAUAGAUGACUUGACGGAUUUCAGAACCCGAUACGGGCAUCAUGAGUAUCCGGUGAUGCCUUUUUGUGUUACUAACGUUGUAGUGGUGAAAUUUGUGAGACUAAAGCCAUUGAUUGACUUACCUCAGAUAUUUUAA